CGGGCGCAAGGAUGCGGGCGGGUGGGUCCUCCGGUCCGAUGGGCGGGGCCGGCGGCUGGGGCGUUCCUGCUCCGGUCGCCGCAGAUCGCGCUGUGACGGGUGCUGGGAGCUGGGCGGCCGGCAUGGGUUGGUCUCAGGAUUUGUUCCGCGCCUUGUGUAGAGCGCUGUCGAAGGACGUGAAGGAGCAAGUGGGCACAGACCGGUUCGGAAACAAAUACUACUGUAUCCCGGAGUACAAGAACUGGAGAGGACACACUGUUAGAGAGAGAAGAAUUGUAGAGGCAGCAAACAAAAGAGAAGUAGACUAUGAAGUAGGGGAUAUCCCAACAGAAUGGGAAGCUUGGAUUAGAAGAACAAGAAAGACUCCACCUUCUAUGGAGACUGCUUUUGGACUCAAGCUGCAACAUCAACUUUUCCAUGGGUCUCCAGCCUGCCAGCCUACCAUGAAGAUUUGGACCUGCCAGCCUCCACAAUAUCCUAGCUGCAGCUACCAUCAUAAGUGGAGCCUCACUACAGCUCUACUGAGUAGCUUUAGCUUUCUGCUUGGACGCUGUGGCAUGGGCUGUCUGUGGGGAACCAACCUGGAAAUAUUGAGAAGGUUAGCCCAGAAUUGGCCUACACGAUCGUGGGAGCUGACAAGUCAGAAAUUUAUAUGACAGGCUGGCAUCCUGAAAAUUCUCAGGAAAUACUAAAGAAUGAAAAAUAUAGAGAAGAAAUAAAAAUAAAAAGCAAAGAUUUUUAUGAAAAAGGAAAACUCCUUAGUAAAGAGAACAACGAGGAACUCUUGGCUCCACCAGUGCAAACUCAGAUUAAAGGGCAUGCCUCUGCUCCGUACUUUGGAAAGGAAGAACCCUCAGCAGCUCCCACCAGCACUGGCAAAACCUUUCAACCAGGAUCCUGGAUGCCACAAGAUGGCAAGAGCCACAAUCAAUGAAUGCAGUGUGGUAAAAUCAUUUCAUUUAUAUGUAUGUGACUACUUUAAUGAAUAAAAGAGGUAAAAAGUGA